ACGUGUCGAUUGGUGUCGAUUUUCGAUAACUCGUUUUAUUGAUAAGAUUAAACAUAAUUUUUUAAUAAUUUCUAAAAUGAAAUUUAUAGAAAUAGCGAUUAUUUUUCUAAUAUACUUCACUUCUAGAAGUUUUUCAACACUCUUUGAAUCAGAUUCGUGCUAUUCCUUCGGUAGCGGCAAUGUUUUUCCCGGCGGCGCCAGAAGAAUUGAUCAUAAAUUACAAUUUACAAAAGCCAUGAUUUCAAAACCGGCCCCUGAGUGGGAGGCAACUGCUGUUGUAAAUGGAGAAAUCACACAACUAUCCCUAUCAAGCUUCAAAGGAAAAUAUGUAGUAUUCUUCUUCUACCCCCUGGACUUUACCUUUGUAUGCCCCACGGAAAUUUUAGCGUUUUCCGAAAGAAUUGAAGAAUUCAGGAAAAUAAAUACAGAAGUCAUUGCCUGUUCAGUGGACUCCCAUUUUACUCAUUUAGCUUUUAUUAAUACUCCACGCAAGGAGGGAGGUCUUGGCAAAAUUAACAUCCCACUCUUGAGUGACUUGACUCACACAAUAGCUAAAGACUAUGGAGUAUAUUUGGAAGAUUUAGGACACACAUUGAGAGGACUCUUCAUCAUUGAUGAUAAAGGAAUUUUGAGACAGAUUACCAUGAAUGACUUGCCUGUGGGUAGAUCAGUAGAUGAAACUUUAAGAUUAGUACAAGCAUUCCAAUACACAGAUAAUCAUGGAGAGGUGUGCCCUGCUGGGUGGAAACCCGGGCAAGAUACUAUUAUCCCUAAUCCAGAUGAAAAGAAGAAGUACUUUGAGAAGGUGGCUAAGAAUUAAGGUUUAUUACUUUAUACAUAUAACUGUAGUACAUUCCAAACUCUGGUCAGUAAUUUUCAAAAGCAUCAAAAUAUGAAAUUUUCUGUGCCUGAUUAAAUCCAUGAUUUGUAUAGAAAAUUAAGCUAGUUCAUCUGGACUGGAAAUGUCUAUAUAUUUUGUACAAUAUACAAAAAUAUUAAUUUUACAUUGACAAUAUUAUAAUAUUAACUCAAAUGAUAAAUAAUUGAUAAUCACAAUAAGCUUAUUAAUAAGACACAAGUUACAAAUGUACAGCACAUCUUAUUUAUAAUACUUUAAUUAUUAAUAUUCUUGUUUCAAAUUUUGUGGAAAAUUCUCUUAUUAAAUUCUCAAAUUAUAUUUUCAUAAUUAAAAUUUUGUAUAUGAGUCCAUAAAUGGAAACCUUAUUUAUUUGAUGCUCAAAUACUAUAGAGAUUAUCAUUUUAAUGCUUUCUUAUACAGUACAUCACCAAUUGUUAGUAAAGUAAGACUGUCUUUUUUAAUACAUUUUUUAUUUUUUGUAAUAA